AUGGCAAUAGCCGAACUCAGUAAUCUGCUCGAGCGAAAUGCCAAGGCCAGGGUUGUCAAUUGGGCCGAAAUUGGGCAGAGCUUCAUAACACAGGCGAAAGAAGCUAACGCAUUACAGUCGCAUAAUUCUUUUCGCAACUAUAUUCCAUCAAUAGCAGAUUUCGAUCUGAUCAAUUUAGUCGGUACGGGUACGAUGAGCCAGGUGUAUUCGGUGAUUCAUCGUCCGACAGGUCAUCAGUUUGCCUUGAAGGUCACUCCCCGAACAAAGCUUCCAGUGUUUGAAAAAGCUGGUGCAUUACAAUCAACAGCCCCUCAGGAUGUAUCCGUGGCACCAAACCUGAUUACGGAAGCAAGAGGCGUCGAAUCCCCUGCGAUGGCAUUUAUCGAUCGUGUCGUCGGAUCAAUGACCCACGACCUCUUGGUUUGCCGGAUACACGCCGUAUGGGUCGCCCGGCCCAAUCUCGAUGUUGCUUUAAUCGAAUAUAUCGAGGACGACGUUGAUGUCAUGCAAGUGGUCGACUAUUUGGGCUAUAUGGCAACUGAGGAUGCAAUGCUCGUCACCUUCCAAACACUAUUAGGCAUUGAGCAUAUGCAUAUUCGGGGAUUUAUUCAUCGUGACGUUAAGCCAUCGAAUCUCCUCAUUGACAAGAACGGUCGGGUUCGCUUGACUGAUUUCGUCAAUGCAAAAAUAUGCCGAGGCCAUUUUCCCACAAAGAAGAUACUUACAAGUUAUUUCAGACGAACGGGUCAGGAGUUCAAGGAUCACGAGACCGCCGGAACAGCUGCAUACAUGGCUCCAGAAGUGCUUCUGAAGAAAAGUUACGGAAGAGCAUCCGACUGGUGGGCACUCGGGGUUACCAUGUACAAACUCACCACUGGCAAGGUCCCUUUUCGCGGGGACGAAGCAUCAGUAGUGAAGGAACGAAUCAUUAAUGAUGAACUGCGGUGGCCCAAAAUAGAAGAAAAUCCUCAUUCGGCAACGCCAGAGGUCAAAGAGUUUGUCUACGAUCUUCUUAAAAAGAAUCCUAUACAUCGUCUAGGUACAAAGAUGUACAGUGAUCUUAAAGAUCACCAGGCAAUGGCUAAAGCAGCCGCAAUGCUUCGUCGAGUACAGACAAUAAAGGAAAGUGGUGAAGUGCGCGAUGCGAGGACAAAGGUGAUAGCUCACACUGUAUUACAUCCUACAUUAAAAUAUAUAGUACACUCUGGAUUACUGGCACUAAUUUCCACUAUCGAUUACACAAUUUCACCAUGCGUACGAGUUGAUGCUCUACCCCAUGUUUUUCCUUUGACUAAUUUCUAG